AUAUCAUCAUAUGACUUUUCAUAACAGUCGUCAACUGGAGCCGCCAUCGGUCCGCUACUUGGAAGUUCGCCAUCGAAAGGAAUAUAUUUGGUUCUCCGGUCAUGUCAGUCUUGAGAAUAAUAACUGUGUUUGCAGCAUUGGUAGCCCAAGUGUUCAACUGGACGGCGUUCUGCACGUCUGUGUGGGGCAAAAUGUACGACAGCGUCUUCGGCGACUCGUACAGAAGUGUUGGGUUGUGGGUGUCAUGUCCGUCCGACCUCGUGACCCAGUGCUACUCCUACGUCGGGACCACUUUAGGUUUCCAUGUGGCCAUUCAAGCAAUGGCGUGUCUGGGGUUCAUUGGCGUCAACUUCACCUUUGUGGCCGCCAUCCUCCGGAUGUCGGCGGCGAAGGACUGGAGGAGUCAGUUCCAUCUGUCCAACGGCGCAGUGGCUCUACUCAGUGCCUUCUUCUGGAUGGUUGCUGUCGCCGUUUUCGGGGCGUCCUACAGACGUGACGGACGUCUGAUGAAUGGCGUUGGAAGGCUUGGCGAGAUUGGCUUCUCGUUCUGGAUGGCUGUUAUGACGAUGUUGGUGGAGAUCGUUCUUACUGUGCUGUUUAUGAUCGGCAAGAAGAUGGGAGGCUCUGUCUCCGUCAACGAGCCUCGAAACAGAACCGGAGUAGAUGUGUCCAUCACUGAAGUCGACGGCGUGUAACGGACAAUCAGUCGUAAUGUUCCUUGUAGAGGAGAGUAAUCACGAUGUCUUUCUGUAACAGGUCUAAAGCAAUCCACAUGUCAAGAUGUAUUCCCAAUGUAACUGACCAGAAAACCAUUGACAACUUCAGAACGCUAAUCAUUUCCCGAGGUGUCUGUUGUUAUUUUGUCUUUCUAAAGCUAUAUUCGAUCGUUUAAGGAAUAGAGAUUAAUUAAUCUUCUUAAUAAUCAUUGUAAUGAUUUUAAAUCUUGAAUAGCCGUUGCAUUCACGGUAUCUAUUUCAAAUAUAUAUAAUCUUCCCCGUUCCACAGUCAUAUGGGCCUCUAUUAUUAUUGACAAAAGGGAAUAGUUGCGUCCCUUGGUCAUGUCAGGAUCCGCUAAUCGUGGAAUUGAGUUCGACUUAGUUAUGAUCCCUGUUAUUUUGUCGUAUACUUCCUUUGCACUGAAGUGAUAAACAUCACUCGUCACGUUCUUUCCCCUAUCACUAAGCUGGAACGGAAUGAUGUAAGAGAAAGCGAUGUUAAACCAACUUUCUCACGCAUCCACUGUAGAUGGGAACAACAUCAGUUGCGAAAAGUGGAAGUUUUUCGUACAGUCUGAUACCAAUCCAGGAGUGAAAGAAAACCCAAGUACCCCAUGCCUGCCGUAAGAGGCGACAGAAAUGGGGAUUGAGUGGUUACAAUGGCCGCUGAGUAUGACUAGUCCCCGGAUAUGUGACCAACAGGAUAACCGACACCUGUUACACAACAGUUUUAGUCAUCUUUUACCCAGGGACGCUCGUAUUAUCGACCAAUUGGUCUGGUCCAGGCUCGAUCUGCGUAUAGUCCGACGUGAUGUUAAUGUAAUAUUGCUGACUUCGGCCUCAACUCGCCCGACGAUCACACGGUAUAUGUAACUUGAAUAUUUAAUCAUUUCCCUUACGAAAUUUAAGAAGUUUACAUGAAAAGACAUUGUAGACUGAAACUCUGUUAAACGGGACGGUCCGGUUUCCAUAGAAACUGUCCGUAUGAACUGAUCUUUGGCUUCUGGAGAAACUGUCCGUAUGAACGGUUCUUUUGGCUCCUGGAGAAACUGUCUGUAUGAAAGGUACUUUGGCUUCUAGAGAAACUAUCCGUAUGAACGGUUCUUUUGGCUUCGUGAACGUCCGUAAGGCGGAACGUCCGGAUCAGCAGUGUCUGGACUAAAGAGGUUUUACUGUUCCAUACUGGGUAACCUAUUUUCUGAUUACAUGUUGCCACAAAGUUAUUUUGAAAGAUAUAUCAGCAACGAUGUUCGGGUCUUAUUUAAAUGUUGGGUUGAUUGGUGUAAAUAAAUGUAUAGAUACUUCUUGUAAAUCAUAUCCAAUGUAAAUAUACGUCUCAACGAACUCAACAUCUAUAUAGACCAAAUGUAAUGCUCUUGGCUGUAUGUGAUAUACUAAUAUAUCUUGUAUAUAAUAUGUUGUCAGGCCAUUUCUUCUUCUUGCUCUCUGGAUCUCUGUCACUAUGGUUUCUAUGGCAAUGUUGAUCCAAAUCCAUGACAGGGAAAUUAACCCAACCAUGAACUUGUUUCAAGGAAUAAUUAAGAAAUGUUUUCAUGCAUCCAUAGUAACAUGACGUCAGAAUCAAACAUGUUUUAGAGACACAUGUUCACUGAAGUGUUUUAAUUUCUCGGUUGAGGUAUUUGUACCUGGAAUAAUGUAUACAAGCACAUUGUUUGAAUAAAAUCAUUUGAAUCGCAA